GACCUAUAUGAGACAAAUAAAAGUAUAUGGAUUAAAACUGUUUAUUAUUAAAAUUUACCACCCAUAUGACCAUUUAAAACCCAAUAUCAGAUGGUACUGGAUGGGGGAUCUCCUUUGGUCCUCGCUAUGCUCCCUCUACGGCUCAUCUCAAGUUUCCGGUGCCGACUGCCGAGAAACGUAGAAUCGGAUCUAUUAUGGAUAGAUCUUGUUGCCGAGGUUUUGGGAUCUCCUCUUUCCCGGAAAAGGAAACUAUCAACUCACUCUCAUUUGGGAUCUCCUCCCUUUCCAAUUUGGGAACUCUUUGCCGGUGCAGUUUGUGUUUGCGAGUUCUCUUGGAAUUUUGCUGAUCAUGUGGUAUAGCCUUUUCCAUUGGUUUUUGAGAAGAAUUUCUGUAUGAAUUAAGGCGUUAUUAGCUUGCCUAAUCCCAGUUCGAUUUCUUAAGCUAAUGAGUAUUUGAGAUUAUACUUCUUUGCAUCUUUUCCCCUGAAUGUCUCUCGCUUUUACUGGAUCAACAAAAACAGGAGACAUUUUCCUUAAGGCUGCAAAAAACAUUCUCAAACCAGUUAUUGUGGGGAUUGGAGGAAAAUCCACUUUUAUUAUAUGUGAGGAUGCUGAUGUAGACAAGGCAGCUAAGGUGAAUCAUGAGGCGCUAUUCUUUGGUCUGGUACAUACAUACAUUUACGGCUGCCUGAUUGAUGGAAAUCAGUUCGUGUAGAUACUGGAUUACAUACGAUCCAUAAAAUAAUAGUGCAGUACAUCCCACUAUUUUUUUGUAAUUUAUCAAUCCCCGUACUUUGAUGGUGAAUUAAAUCACCUCAAUUACUUUUUGGUUGAGUUAAAAGAGGAAGGAAUCAAGAUACAGAAGUAGGAUCAGGAGUGUGCAUAUGGCCCCUUACAACAAUAUCCCUACUCCAGCUAGAUUGGCUUCUUCUGCUGUUGGUUUUUCAUGUCUUGGUAAAAUACCUUUUAGUUGUUAUUAAAUAGGAAUUCUGCUGUGGUUCUAUUUGUAGUAUUAUGGUUUUGUUAGUUGUUAUGUAUUUAUGCCUUUUUAUACUUUGCCUUUUAUGAUUCAUUAUCAGGCUGAUGAAUCUGAAAGAAGAUCAGAGCAAAGAUGGUAAAAUUUCAUAAAUAGUGGGGAGUGGACCAAUGAUUUAUGGACAAGGAACUUCAGGUGGAGCUGCAAAUUAUUUUUAUGGGAAAAAGUCAUAAGGAAGGAUGCGUGGGAGUGGAAGUUUGAAAGAUUUUUCGAUAGAGAGUUGAGACUUAACUGGAAAAUGUGUGAAAUACCAUGAUUUCUGAUAGGUGAACUAUUUUGAUUUUUGAAUAGUUUUAUAUUUGUUUUUUAUUUUUAUUUUUAUAAUUUAGAGUUGUCAUAGAAAAAAAACUUAUGUGAUGCA